AGAACAUUCUUCACUUGUAAGAAAUUGGUCGCGUCCUUUUAUUCUGUAACGUAUAUGUGCGUGCAUAUUGGUUUUCUUUAAACAUUUCAUAAUUAUUAAACCUGUAUUUUAAGCAAUUAAAUUAUUUAAAUUAUUUGAAUCCGUGUCAAUAUGGAGAAAAGUGAUGAUAGUAGAGAAGCUGUGCGAGAACAAAUGAAGUCACAAAGACUUCGGUGCCCUCCUACCAAAAUGCUUAAAAGCGCCUCAGAUUUAAGUGUACUUGACGAUAACCAACCCAAAACAAAAAAAAAAAAAAACUAACGAUUCGAAGAGCAAAAGUUUAACUGACAGUAACAUUCAGAUGCAGCUGGAACAAAUCAAAGUUCAAUCGCUUAAGCGAAAAUGUCAGACUGAUUCAGCAAACCAUUUGAUUAAAAAUAUGAACGAAAAUGAUGGUUCAUUAUCAAAAAUUAACCACUCUAAAGAUGCCAAAAGUAAGAAGGUCAAUGAUGACCAUGAUGAGCCUGUGAUAACAACACAUGAUGUCAAUUCGCACUUUUCACUGAUUCAUUUUAAGAGAAAAUUUUUCCGGAAAAGGAUACAAUUUUUUUUCAAGAUUCAGCUAUUCCCAAUUAUUUAAUAUGUGCGCAAUCGCAGUUGCAUAGCUAAGAAUUACGCAAUAACUGCAACAACUGGCUUACUUUACAAGAAAAAUAUACCGUUGAAAUUUGUAAAAUGAAGAAAACAAUGGAAAUGUUGGAAAGUCAAUUACACGAAAAGAACGGAAAUGAGCGACGACAAGCAGAGCAGAUAAAUGAACUAACAGAGAAGAACUUAAAAUUGGAAAGUGACAUGAUAAAACGAAUUAAGCAGUUGACAGAAAUGAUGUCAAAGAAUAUCCAAGAAACCGAGAGCAACGGUGGUAUGGUUUGCGGUUAUGAAGACACGAAAGUAUCAAAGGUAUAUCUCGGUCCUGACGUUUGGAUUGAUUCCAGAACUUUUAAAUCAUUAUUGCGUAACAACAAGUAUUCUUUGUUUGUUAAACAACUAUGUCGAUAUUUAUUUGGGGAAGAAACUUUGAAGAAGAGUACGGUCACGGGAAAAACGAGCAAUCGUAAAAUUAAACUUUGUAAGGAUAAAGAAGAAGAAGUAGUUACUCCUGAGCAAUUAGAUCCCAUAUUAAUUUCGAUAGUAAGAGAUUCUUUGAAGUAUUAUUUUCGAUAUAAAGGAGUUACCGACCAGUUUAAGAUAGACGAUGGUCUUGCAAGUAUACCUCGACUAAUUGCUGUUCUCAGUUCAGAUCUCAAAAAGAUUCCACAGCAACCAGGCUGUAAAAAAACACCAAAAGCAACUGACCAUAUUAAUAACAAAGAAAAUCAUCCAGAUAAUAUUGAGAGCGAGGGACAUGAGAAAAUAUCAGGAGAUGAAGAUUCCCAUUAUGAUACUGAUUAUGACAGUGAUAUUGAAAAUGAUACUGAUCAUGGAAAAGAAAAUAAUAAUGAUAAUGAAAAUGAUUAGAAUAGUGGGGAUAAAUAUUAUAGUUAAAAAUUUCUUUGUAACUAAUAAUAUAUAUUUAUUUGUCAUAAAUAAAAAUUUCUCC